GCCUUUCACUACCCAAAAUAUUACAUAAAAUUUUCAUUUUUGUGUGGCUUUUUCUUAUUAAUUGAAAUAAUGGGAAUUAUCAAAUUUGCUGUGAAAUCUGGUAUCUGCAUUUAUGCUAUAAAGUACACAGUCGAUGAAGGCGCUUGGUCAUCGUCAGAUGAUGCCAUUAAGUUUAAGGAAAAUUGCUGUAAUGCAAUCAAUGGAAAUGAAUAUUAUCAGACUGGCAAAAGUCACUUCUUAACUUAUGUACCGGUUCCAGAACUCCCACAACUUCCCGAGCAAUCUGAAUUAUGCUAUUUGACAAAGUAUUACUGGAAUCAAGGUGUAAAAGGAUCAAUUUAUUACAUCCGAAAGACACCAUGCUACAUUGGUCAGGGAGUCAAGAAAGCAAGUGACGGAAUAACACAAUUAAUGAAUCAACCACAGCCAUCAGAAGUGAAGAAAUAA